GAGAAAUUUAAUAUAAAAUGUCUGACAGUCGAAAUAUUAACAUAUUCUGUUUCAAACUAGAGCUAAGCAGUAUCUGUAAGAGACAAUCACUUGUAAAAGACAUGAAAUUGACAGUUGCAAUGGCCUGCUUCUUGGCAGCAGCCAUUUUGAUUGCUGAAGCUCUACCCCAGGAAGAAGAAGGUGGUGGAGGUGAAGCUGGAGGUGAAGGAGAGGCAGGUGCUGACGCAGGAAUUUCUGGAGGAGCAGGAGGAGAGGGUGGAGGUGAAGGUAAUGGAGAGGCAGGUGCAGGCGCAGAUAUCGGAGCUGGAGCUGAAGGCGGAGCAGGAGGUGGAGCUGAAGGUGGUGAAAAAUGAAAUUCUGUCAACGAAUCUUUAAAUAAAAUAUCUACCUGAGAUUUUUCUCUUUUUGCUAUUUUCUGCAAGUAAAUUAUAUAAAAUUGUUCUGUUCAGUUUUAUUGUUCAGGUAACAACUAAGCGAAAAUUUUGAAACUUUCCGCUUAAGAUGGUAAUUGAUUUAUCGAAAUAAAAUAAUGAAUAGUU